CUAGUGGGUGCACAGCUAUUUGGACUGGUGUGGACUGGAUAAGACAGUUCCUCCUUGGAGAUUAUCGGAGGGGGGAAACGAUCUGGUGAUAUAGUAGAUAUGAGGACGAGGUUGUCGAUAUAGUGCACGAUUCCUCUCCCGCUCAUCACGUGGCUUUGUAUUUGUAACAACACAGCGACUCCUCAGACACCGCGCCGGCUGUGAUUCCCUGUGAUAUCAGCCACUAACAUGUCCAUGUUCAGCACGGGCAUCCUGGUGCUGACGUCUCCUCUCCACACCCUCCCCCUGCGCAUCGCUCCAGUGCUUAGCUCAGCUGCUCAGCUUGUGGAGCGCACGCUGUACGUCCACCUCCACCCGGGGUUGAACCUGGGAAGUGGGAGCCAGCCACGGCCAGUUUUCAUUCCACCCGUGGUGGACCUGUCUACGCUCAUUACCCGCCUUUAUAGCAAUGCAGCUGAUGUAUGCGGGCACCUCGAUGUUCGUGUUUUACUGACCAAUGUUCGCGCUCAGUCAGCUGCCUGCAGCGGGACCCAGCCAAUCCCAAACUGCCCCUUUCCCACACCACAAUCUCUGUCUCACUCCCCGGAUGUGGUGCUAACAGACUUUGCUCUGCAGGACCCAGGUCAGUCUCAUCAGGUUACACAGUGUCUGCAGAGGUACACGGGCCACUGCUACGUCUGUAGCCCCAGCCUGCCCUCGGUGCUGCUUCACCCUCAGCUAAUGAGGCUGCAGGAGAAAGAUGAAGGGCUGAAAGAGCCUGAAGAAAAGGCAGAACCCUUGGAGACCUACAGUGAUGUGGUGGUGGGAGGGACAUUUGACCGACUCCACGGGGCCCACAAGACGCUGCUCAACAUCUCCUGCUUGCUCGCCAAUAGACGGUUCCUUAUUGGUGUGUGUGACCAAGCAAUGCUGAAAAAAAAAGUGCUACAGGAGCUGAUCGAGCCUUACUCCCUGCGGGUCCAGAGACUACAGGAGUUCCUGCAGGACGUCAAACCCUCGCUGCAGGUCGAGAUCGUGCCCCUUGACGACCCCUUUGGGGUGUCCGUGGUUGACCCCUUGCUGCAGUGCAUUGUGGUUAGCGAGGAGACUAGAAGGGGAGGCGAGGCUGUCAACAGAAAACGCAUUGAGAAUGGCCUUCCAGCUCUCAUCCUCCAUGAGAUCCAGUUACUUAAAGAUGCCCACCACACUGAGACAGAGGAGGAGAAGAUCAGUUCGUCCAGUCUACGCUCUCGUCUGCUGGGCACCCUCCUCACCCCACCUAAAGACACAUCCGACCUCCCUCCCCUUCCGUAUGUGAUUGGCCUGACAGGAGGCAGCGGCAGUGGCAAGAGCUCCAUCGCCAAGCAGCUGGAGGCUUUGGGUGCUGUCCGGAUUGACUGUGACAAGCUGGGCCAUGAGGUGUACCAGUCUGGCACAACAGCCUAUCACAAAGUGCUGGAGGAAUUUGGGUCAGAUAUCCUGAAUGGAGAUAAAACAAUCGACAGACGUGCAUUAGGAAGGAAGGUUUUUGGAAACCAGGAGCGGUUAAAAGCCCUAACAGACAUCGUAUGGCCUGAGAUUGCACUUCUGGUGAAAAGCAGAAUCAACCAAGCCAGAGAGGAAGGUAAACAGGUUUGUGUGGUGGAUGCGGCAGUUCUUCUGCAGGCCGGCUGGACGGACAUGGUCCACGAGAUCUGGGUCACUGUCAUCCCCGACGAGGAGGCAGUGUCAAGGAUAACGGAGCGGGACGGUGUGACCUCAGAAGAUGCCCUGCGCCGGCUGCAGAGUCAGUGGUCCAACGCCAAGCAAGUAGAGCACGCCAAUGUAGUCCUCAGCACACUGUGGGAGCCAGAGGUCACGCAGAAACAGGUACUGAAAGCUUGGGAUCUUCUUCAGAAAAGAAUCCAACAGAGGCAAAAGGGACAGUAGGAACAUGUGUGGGUCACGGCAUCAUCUCAGCUGUAAGAGAACAAGCACAUGUCGGGCCACAGGGACAUGUGCGCACAAAUGACUGAUCCGCAUGAUGAAACGCUGCCUUAGAAAGAGAGUGGUUACUGUGCCAUUGCAGCAAACCCAACGAGUUUCUUCGACCAAGACUCAGUGCCUGACUUACUUUCCAUAGGUUUUGAAACACUAGUUUUAUUUUAAGAUGUUUAGUUGGAUGAGGAAAAAAAAGACAACUCUUUGAAUGAUCCCUAACAAAGUAAUUUAUGGAAUUUGAAAGCUGGAAUUAAUGUUUAGGAUUAAUAAAGUGUUAUCUCAAGAUUUGUAGGUCUGUUUUUAUCCAAAGACUUUUUUAUGAAUGACCUGCCUUUAAAUGGAUACUGAUGUUGAGAUACCCAUCAUUUAGCGAUCCUCGAUAAUAUUAAGAUCAAACCUAAGCUCAGCAAAGUCUAAUAUUUUGGGCGCCUUGUCAAUUGCGAACACUUUAGUUCUGUCCUCUUUCCAUGUCUUCUAAGUUUAAUAAAUAUGAAUGUAGCAAGAAAAGCAACUAAUGGUAAGGGAAAGGUGAGAUUUAUUGAAAGAUUGUACGAUUUGCCAUUGUUAAAUCAUAGAAUAAAUGUUUUAAAUGUGUUUAUCAUUAGAGCUUCAGGGAUGAGAGAAUAUGAACAAAAUAUUAUCUAACGAGGAAUUAUAAAUUAACAAACAAGGCACAUCAUCUUGUAGAAAUAUUAUGUGCAAAAGAUGAGGAUAGUUUGUGAUGUUAUCAGUGUAUCUUUCCUGUUGAAUGACACUAAAUAAAUACACUGGGCACAUUGAUUAAUAAAUGAAACCUAAAUACAUAGAGGUAUGUCAAGCUCUGGUGUGAAAAAGAGAAAAAUGGCAAUUAUUGCAUGAUGUCUACACAAACUGAGCAUUCAAAUAUUCAUGUCUCUGAAAGUACGUGACGGCCAAGGGGCACAGCAUAUUGGAAACAAAGGUGUUAAGAUUAUGGUAUAUUUCAUGUUGUCAGAUCCUACAAUAAAAUCAUAAACCAAUGUUUACAAGAAUAAAAUCCUGCUUCAUUGCUUUAGCCAUACUUUAAAUACUGCAAGGACUGUCCAAUAAAGUGUAAUGUGGUCAUAGUGUCAUUGAUUUUUAUCACCUUGUAUGUCAUCUGGAAUACUUUAAUAAACUGGCAUUAAAUGUUUUCAA